AUGCUAGCAGGUACAUUAGGCGGAGAGGGCGGAACUCUAGGAGAGCUUAGAGCGGCGCGAGGAAGAGGCGAGCGGAUAGAGUCGGUCGUAGACGCGGCUACUACGGCGCAGAGAGGCGGAGAAGACAGGCGAGAGGAGGGAGAGAGAGGACAGAGGCAGCAGAGGAGCGAGGAUAGCGGAGGGAGGACAGCGGGAUCUCGGCGACGCGGCUACGAGAGGGAGGACGGAGGAGAUCGCCCGCAGUAUAGCGGCUCGAUGCGCAGAGAUGGCUGCCAUACAUGGAUACAGACUGCGACGAGCGCAGAGGAGGGAGGAGGCAGAGCGAGGAGAGCGGAUAGAGGAGACAGGAGUGAGAGGGCUGAGAUUUGCCCCGAUCUUCUCCGCUGGAGGCUGAACGCGGUGAUCAAGAUGUCUGUAGCAGGGUUGAGGAAGCAGUUUUACAAAGCCAGCCAGCUGGUGAGUGAGAAAGUGGGCGGUGCAGAAGGAACCAAACUAGAUGAGGAAUUCAAAGACCUGGAACGGAAAGUAGAUGUGACGAGUAAAGCAGUAGUAGAUGUCAUCUCAAAAACAUCAGAGUACCUUCAGCCCAAUCCAGCAUCCAGGGCCAAACUGUCCAUGUUGAACACAGUGUCUAAGAUCCGUGGCCAAGUGAAGAACCCGGGCUACCCCCAGGCAGAAGGCCUGAUGGGAGAGUGCAUGGCCAAAUAUGGACGAGAGCUGGGAGAAGACACUAACUUUGGAGGAGCGCUGUUUGAUGUGGGCGAGUCCAUGAAGAGGCUGGCAGAAGUCAAAGACUCUCUGGACAUCGACGUCAAGCAGAACUUUAUCGACCCGUUACAGGGGCUUUGUGACAAGGACCUGAGAGAAAUACAGCACCACCUGAAGAAGUUGGAAGGUCGCCGGCUUGAUUACGAUUACAAAAAGAAGCGCCAGGGAAAGAUCCCUGAUGAGGAGAUCCAGCAGGCCCUGGAGAAGUUUCAUGAGUCCAAAGAAGUGGCCCAGACGAGCAUGUACAACCUGCUGGAGACGGAUAUCGAGCAGGUGAGUCAGCUGUCCUCUCUGGUGGAGUCCCAGCUGCAGUACCACAGAGAGGCCGUGCAGGUGCUGGAGGAACUUUACAGCAAGCUCCAGGAGAGGGUGACGGAGGCUCAGACACGCCCCAGACGUGAAUAUACACCGAAACCCAAACCCGUGUAUGACUUUGGAGACAACAGCCAUUCAAACGGAGGAUACACUUCCUCCAUGUCUGCACCACCGUCACGCAACUCCGCUCCUGAACAGCCGAGCUGUAAGGCCCUGUACGACUUCGAUCCAGAGAACGAGGGCGAGCUGGGAUUUCGUGAGGGAGACAUUAUUAUUUUAACCAAUCAGAUCGACGAGAACUGGUAUGAGGGCAUGCUCAACAGCCAGUCUGGAUUCUUCCCUCUCAACUAUGUGGAGGUUCUGGUCCCACUGCCGCAUUAG